UUGUUCCUUCCACGUUCCAAAUCGCGCACACGCCGAAAAUCACCUUUCCCAAUCCUUCUCUUUUCCAAGACCAUGGCCGUCUCCUCAGCCCUCUUCUCCUCUUCCGCCCCCAAAAUGCCCACCUCCCGCUUCUCAAUCCGCUCCUCCUCCUCCUCCAUCUCAUCAUCUCCACCGUCCACCUCCUUCGACCUCCGCUCCUACUGGACGGCCCUGAUCGUCGAGAUCGACGCUAGCCUCGACUCCGCCAUCCCCGUCCGCUACCCGGCCCGUAUCUACGAAGCAAUGCGCUACUCCGUCCUCUCCAAGGGCGCGAAGCGGGCCCCACCUGUGAUGUGCGUCGCAACGGCCUGCGAUCUCUUCGGCCUUCCGCAGCCCGCCGCAUUCCCCACCGCUUGUGCGCUAGAGAUGGUCCACGCCGCUUCCCUCAUCCACGACGAUCUUCCAUGCAUGGACGACUCUCCCCGACGCCGAGGCCAACCUUCCAAUCACACCGCCUUCGGUGUCGACCUCGCCGUUCUCGCUGGCGAUGCCCUCUUCCCUCUUGGAUUCCACCACAUCGUCUCACGCACCCCUUCCGACAUCGUCCCCGAACCUCGCCUCCUCCGCGUCGUCGCCCAGAUCGCCCGCACUGUCGGUUCUACUGGAAUGGCCGCCGGCCAGUUCCUCGACCUCGACCCCAAUUCUACCUCCAUGACCCCCGAUCGGGCCAAUUUCGUGAUGGAUAAGAAAUUUGGGGAGAUGGGUGCGUGCUCUGCUGUCUGUGGCGGGAUCCUGGCGGGGGCCAGUGAUGACGAGAUCGAGCGGUUGAGGAUAUACGGAAGGGCAGUUGGGGUUUUGUAUGAGAUGGUGGAUGAUAUCGUGUCGGAAGAGAAGAUGACAGGCAGGAACAGGGAUGAAAGCAGGUGGAGUUAUGUGAAGGCGUUUGGGAGGGAGAAGGCAAUGCAAGUGGUGGAGGAGUUGAGAGAGAAAGCUAAGAAGGAAUUGCGAGGGUUUGAGAGGUAUGGAGAUAGGGUUUUGCCACUGUAUAGCUUUCUGGAUUUUGCUGUUGAAAGAGGGUUUGAUGUUGGAGAAGUUAUAGUAGAAGAUGAUGAUAGUCAGGAGCAUACAUCUUCUCAUUUGUAAUAUUACAAGUUGAGAAAUGCUCCGUUGUUCUUAGAUCACUGUAAGUUGCAAGUAUUGUUAGGCCAAUGUUUGGGAAUAAGGAAAACCUUGGAAACCGAAAUCCAGGGAAAUGGACCUUUUUCAUCAAAUUUUAUUGAUGUGAGCUCUGAUGUUAUUGGAUAGCAAAGACAAUAAUGGGUCUCACCAACAUUUAUUUGCCUUUUUCCUAAUUAUGUAUUGGUAGUAAGCACAAGAUAUGAGGUGAAUAUUAUAGGUUGAAUAUGUUCGCAGCAAGUACAAGAUAUGAGGUGACUACUAGGGGGUAAAUAUGUAAUUUGAAGGGAGUGUGAUUUCCACUUUAAUUCCAAAUAAGAUUUUUGUUUA